AUGUCUCUAGCGAUGGAGAUCACGUAUGAGAUCGACGGAUUGCAGUUCACCAACUUCACGGAAGACGACAUCACGCAACAGGAAACCAUCGCCGACGACUUAUGUCUCCGCCACUUGCCCCACUAUGAGAUCAACUUACCGCACCUCCGCCUGCAAUUCUCCCCCGCGAGCGAGAUCGACGAGGCACUUCUAGACCAAUGCAUCAACCUCAUCGAGUCCAACAUCGGCGACUUGUACGCGCGACACAAGGGCGCCAACUGGAAAGAGGAGAAAUUGGAAGAGAUGAGCGAGCCCGGGUUGAUCGUGCUCUGGUUCACUGAUCCAGCCGCCGAUGAUGAUGAUGAUCUCGCCGGGUUCAUUUCGUUCAAGUUGUGUCUAGACGACGAUGAUAUAUUUGUGCUCUAUCUUUUUGAGAUCCAUCUAGCGGCAAGAUAUCAAGGUCGGAAGUUGGGUCAGAUGCUAAUUGACCAGUUUCACCAAUUUGUGGAGGUUGGAUUGCAAAGGUCGGAGAAUGCCUUGUAUCGCAUGGUAAGGGGCACUUCGCUUACUGUCUUCUCGGACAACACGCGUGCUUUGAGUUGGUAUAAGCUGAUGGGGUAUGGCUUGAUUGACAGUUCUCCUCGGGACCGAACUCUACGGAGUGGGAAAAUUGUCAAACCGGAGUACUAUCUCAUGAGACGUGACCUUGAAUGA